AUGAUUGAUGAGAGUACACCUGAUGAACUUUGUAAAAGUUUGUGCUGUGAAAAUUACAUAUUAAGAAGAUAUCCUUUAUUUGAUCAGAGUUGUAAGACGUCGCUUCCCGUGACACUAUCAACACAUAAUAAGCAGCGUCUUCGUGUCUCUGAUGUGUACUCUUCAAAUAGUGACGAUGAAGAAACAAAAAAUAAAAAGCAGCCGUUGAUUGCCAUUGAAAAUAAUUAUGUGCAGCCGUUGAUUGCCAAAGAAAAUAAUUAUGUUGUAGUAGCAUUUUUGGGCAAGAAAGCUGUUAAACAUUACGUCGGGGUCAUUAUCUCUGAAGAUGUCGAAGAUUUUACAGUGAAGUUUAUGCAAAGAAUGCAUUCCACAAAUAAAUUCACCUUCCCUAACGUAGAAGAUAUCUCCAUGGUUCAUAAAAAAGAUAUUGUUCUAGUUCUUUCUCAACCAUCAAUAAAUACACGAGGACAACAUCUUCUUGCAGACAAUCAUUUUCAAUAUUUGUUAUAA